CUGCCCACUCCGUUAUUCCUUACAAAAGGAAAACAUCUCGCGAGUAGGGUUGUGUGUUUUGAAAGGCUCGCGGAUGCUGUUUUACGGUAUAUUAGUUCAAACUGAAACGCGGAAGAGCGCAGGACAAGAAGGACAACUGUAGUUAUCGAUACAGCACGACAUUUACCUGAAUAUCCGAUACUGAUGCAAGAACAGACUCGUGCUUUGUGGAAUUAUUUUCCUCUUUCAAUGAUAUGCACAAAUCAAAAGCGAAGAUCCAACAAGGAUGUAACACAUCGGAAUACUUGGUAUUUUCCUCGGAGCCGUGCUCAAGUUUGGGCUAACCUUUAAGGCUGUUUUUAGUGGAGUUCAUAGGGGAACUGCAUGAAGAGCAUUUCCAUGAGGUUCCCUCUGAAAAGAGGGAGUGAAGGUUGCGUCCAUCUCAUAAAAUCCCAAACGUCUAGUAGCCCUUUACUCAUGUACUCACAGACUGAGGUGUGAAAAUGGAUAAACUCACCAUUAUUUCAGGAUGUCUCUUUCUCGUGGCAGAUAUCUUCGCAAUUGCAAGUGUUGCAAAUCCAGACUGGAUCAAUACAGGUGGUCAAGAGGGUGCUCUGACUCUGGGUCUAGUCAAGCAAUGCCAGACCAUCCAUGGUCGAACCAGGGUAUGCAUCUCCCCAAGCCUUCCUCCAGUAUGGAUCACUACCCUGUUCUUCAUCAUAUUAGGCAUCAUCUCACUCUCUAUCACAUGUGGCCUGCUUGUGAUCUCACACUGGAGACGAGAGGCUACAAAAUAUGCCCGUUGGAUCGCCUUCAUGGGAAUGGUCCUCUUCUGCAUGGCUGCUCUCAUAUUUCCAGUUGGAUUUUACAUCAAUCAAGUUGGAGGACAACCUUACAAAUUACCCAAUAAUACUGUGGUUGGGUCCUCAUAUGUACUGUUUAUUUUAUCAAUAUUUUUUACAAUAGUUGGACUUCUUUUUGCGGGUAAAGUCUGUCUGCCUGGCUGACAAAUGAUCUGGUUUUACAAAAAAAUGUUUGUUACACAUUUGACCUUAACAAUGCGAGUGUGGUUUAAAUGAUGACCAAGAAAAAAAAAAAAUCCAAACACUUCAAAGGGAUGACUCACUGACUCAAAACGGCCUUUUGCAGUGGAAAUGUUAUAAUGAUAUUGUGGUCAACAAAAGAUUUACAUAAGCAAUAAUCUACAGUCAUAAAGUCAUUAUCACUAAAUAAAUCAUCCUUGCAUUGCCCUGAAGGGGGUUAUUUAAUAGUAAUGACUGGCGGACUGUACAAUAUCCCAAUUAUGACAUGGCUACUCACCAAAAAUAUACAGACAUAUAACAAUGAUUUGUGUUUCAAUUGUUUUUAUAACAUUUUACCUGUACAAUAUAUUAACUUGAAGUCUUGGCUUAAAGAGUUUGACUCCUAACCCUAAGGUUGUUGGUUUGAGUCCUGGGCCAGCAAUACCUGACUGAGGUGCCCUGGGAGCAACUGGGGGUUCAUUGCCUUGCCAAGGGCACUUCAGUCAUGGGUAUUGAGGGUGGAAGAGAGCACAGUUCAUUCACUCUCUCCCACCUACAACUCUUGCCAGCAUCGUGACUCAAACCGGCAACCGGCUGUUAACUAGUCCAGCUCUCCAUUAGGUCACAGCUGCACCUAACAUAAAACGUUGUGCGUUGUGUUCAUAUACUCUGCGAUCUUCCGUUGUGACUUUCGUAAAAAUGUGACAUCAGAACUACUUAGUCACCAACUUGAGCACUGCCCACCGUCCCACCAGACAACAUUGCAUCCAUGCCAUUGCUGUGCAACUACAACAUGGAGACAUAUAGAGAAAAUGCUGUUCAGUCGAUGGAUUUCAGGAAAAUACAUCAGGACUUCCAAACAACAUUAAUAUAAGAGACCAGUGGCUGAAAAGUAAAAUGUGAGAGAAAAUUGAUUUCCCUGGUUGUUGUUUUAGAAUAGUUUUUUCUUGUGCUUUCCCACUCAACUGCAAUGCUUUUGAGCUUGUGUCUUGCGUAUUUUGCAAUGUCUCUAUCAUAAAACAGCAUUCAAAAAAAUUGGGCACUCAGGUCAAAACAAGUUUAAAAGUUUAAACGAAGAGACCUGGUAUUUUUUUUAUCAAAUCCCACUGUCACGUCUUGCAUUUUCACAGCAAAAACAUUUGUGAUUGCCCUUCUGUGAUGGGGCCCCCACACACUACGGGGGUGUCCCGUACCCCACUGGAUGGUCCUGGUAUCUUUUCUACCAUGUCUGAGUGCAUUCUCCACCAUUAACUGUAGAGGAAUGACAGUUAAACCCUAUGCAUAGAGAGACCAAUAUGGCCAAUGAAGACAAGGAGUCAAAUUUGCAGGUUGUUCAGUUGACAGAACGUUUACAGAGUUCUCCACAGUUCCAAAGGCCAGAGAAAAUGAGUAAGAGGAUACAGCCUUGAACUAACUUAGAAUAGAUACUUUAUCAUAUGGAUUGUUAGAUCAUUCCUGAAUGAAUGAAUAAAUGAAAAUAAAAGAAAGAAUGUAAAACAACACAA